UCUGGCUCGAGUUGUUAGUGAUCACCGGUUCAUCAAAGUUCCGUAAGGAUGUGGGUGUUGAAGGAAACGGUGGCUUUCGUGGCUGCCGCUUUAUUCGUGCUGCAGAGUGGGACUCCGAGUCAAGGUGCGGCAGUUGAUGCGGCUGAGCCAAUGAUUAAGUCGAUUGAAAACACUGGGACCUCCAUCGGGACCGUUCUUGAUAAGAAUUUGGAACGGACUCAACCUAAGGAAAAAGAGAUACUCGGAAAAAUACAGACUACAUCCUCUAUGCAUCAGCCGAGUAAUCUUUGGUUGAACCACGAGCUCUAUUUGAGCUCUGAAAUUGAGAGGGCUAAAAACAAAAUCCGUAUGGGACUCUGCGACCAGUACCGAGGCUUCAGGAAGUUCAUCAUUCAGAUACCACCCGCUGAUGCUAAACUUCGGGAUUGGAUGAGCUCUGACGAAUACGAUAUGAAAACCGUUUCUCCGCAUCUUGAGACCGAAGUCAUUUCUCCGUUACUGGUGGACAGACGCAAAAGAAAAGAACGGCUCCUGCCCGUACCGGAAUUCACCUCAGGAGUGGUUGCAGACAGAAAAAGAUACUUUUCGAGACGAGUUCGUGAACUCACAAACGCAUACGACUAUCAAAUGGAGCUUAUCGAGGAAGGUGCGAAUGCAGUUUUGAACGUCAUGUACAAUGCAGUUUUGACCUGGGCUGGAAUGGACGAGGAAUUGUUCGGUGACAUGCUGAAACCAGAAAGUAUCGAGGACAAAGCGGACGUAGUCCAACUUGGCCUGAACGUCGGUGAUGAUUUGAAGUGCCCAAGGAAUGUCCUGGAAGGCCCAGAGAAGGUCCUGGAAGGUCCAAAGAAGGUCCAGGAAGGUCCAAAGUCCACCGAAGAAAAUUAGUCUAUCUCUUUUAAUAACCUCGAGUCUGGCCUCUGAACAGUAUCACCCCCGAUUUUUAAAAUAAAUGAUCGCAAAAUAAUCAA